AAAUCCAUCGAUGUACCCUAUUUUGGAGAAUAAAAUAGUUAGUCCAAGAUGGCUGCCGCUUGAUGCAAUAAUUUUGGCGAGAUUUUCCAAGUAAAUUCCACGCAACAAGUGUGAAAAUAGACAAAAAUGCCUUCCACCAAGCUGGAAAACUUCUUUAUAUACAAUUCCAACUUUGGACCCAGGGAGGGUGAGGAACACAAGAAGAUCCUGUUCUACCAUCCUCCUGAUGUCCUCCUCGACAACAAGAUCAAACAGAUGGGUUUGUGUGAGGCUAUAGUCACAUUUACACACACGUUUUCCCCUGAUCAUGCCUGUGAGGCUUUACACACCCAGAAGACGAGACAGCUGUUCUAUCAGCCAGAGAAGGACUUCUGGAUGAUCAUGACUGUGACAAUCCCCUGCAAUGAGAAGACAGGAAAAGAUGGUCAGGCAUACAUAGAGUAUCACGAUGAAGAUGUACAGGAUUCUGUAUUUGAUGCAGUACUUAAGACGUCUUACAAAAUGUUCAGGCUUUUCAUGGGUACCUUUAGUAGAAUACUGGAGAGAUUCAAUGUGGAGGUCUUGAAGCAGAGAUUAGAACACUUCUUUCUCAGAUACCUAGGAACCUUGAGACUAGCAACAAGUGACAUUCUGGAUGUAUUCAAUGGAAUCCACUUCCUUCCUUUGGACAAAAACAUGUACCUGAGGAUACAGUGUUUUAUCAACCUGACAGAGGCAACAUUUGGCCAGGUGAAAUAUACUGCAUUCCUGUACAAUGACCAGCUGGUUUGGUCUGGUUUAGAGCAGGAUGACAUGAGGAUCCUGUACAAAUAUCUGACAACCAGCCUCUUCCCCUCAGCACUGGAAUCAGAGCUGGGUGGAAAGGAGUCCCCCAAAGGUGCAGCCCCCACACCUGUAACUGGAUCUGCUCACUAUGGCAGAUAUAUCACUGGCCCUCCUGACAUGAAGGACCCCACCAACCUAGGCAAGGUGCCCAGGAUAUAUGUCAACACGGAAACAUCAUAUGAGGAGUUGUACCUUAUUGUGUACAGGGCUCUGAGUGCAACAAUAUGCCUGAUGGUAGAUGCUUCUGUUGCUCCUUCCUUUGACCUGUACCAGAAGUUGGAUUCCUUCAUCGGUCCACAACUCAGUAGUCUGGGGUCUGACAUCUCCGAGCAGUAUGCCAAGAAAGCAAGCAGUUCUGAUCCAGUGUUUAAAUACAUCUACUUUA